CAAUAUUUAUCACUUCAUCAUAUUUAGUUUUUCUGUCGCCGUUUUCCUCGGCGCCAGAAGAUGUGGAAGCAGUAAUAAUAUCGCCGUAGGUGGGAUCACAGAAUUGAGUAACCUUGUCAUGCCAAUUCUUAGUACAACUCUUCAAGAAAGCCUCGACAUCGGCAUCGAGCUUGGCUUGUAUCUUCUGGUGUGACUCAUCUGGAAGCUCAUCCAUGGAUUGAGGAAACACCCUUUGCCGCUACCCAGCUACGCUCCUGCUGUGGCAACGGCGGCGGACUGGGCCGCAUGCAUCGUCCGUUGUUUGCUGGGCCGCCAAACGUACUGAACGGCGAACUUGCAUUUGGAAUUGGAAUUGGAAUUGGACGUCCGUCCUUGUUCUAUCGAUCGGAAUCGGAGGAGGGAGAGGAUCUGCCCUGCUUUUCCCCUUUCCCCGCGCCGCCGGCCGCGCAAUCGCGAUCGGCGGCUCAGGAGUAGCGGAGAUGCAAAUCCUCCCGCGACCAUCCAUGUUCUCUCUCCUCCGUCUCCGUAGCAGCGUCGUCGCUACGGCUACGACUACGACUACGACGACGACGACGACGACGACCUCCUCCACUGCCCAAUACUACGCCGCCUCCGCACUACCUCGUCGCCUCCCCGCUGUUUUAUGGCGGCCACCAGCGCCUGCGCGACGAGCAUCUCCACAUCCACUGCCUCCCGAUCCACCUGCACCUCGUCUUUUCAGAAGAUAUCCAAAUGGAUCUCGCGGUAUGGCCACCACCAGUGGAAGUGGAAUCAAAGGCGGCGGCGACGACACGAUGGCUGAAGCAGACAAUGGCGAACGAGAUGGGAGGAGGACGGCUGCGCACAACGGCGACGGCGACAAACAUACAAGGAAGAAGAAGAUUGUUCUUCUAUGUGGCGAUGGCCCUCCCGCACGCACCGAUGGUUCUGUAUACAGGGGCAUCUUUUUGUGGAAAAAAACGUAUCGCAUUGCGAACCGCAAUGAAACUCGGAUCGAGCCAAUGCUGUUAUCAGAUCCCAAAGAUUGCAUGUUCAUUACGGGUAGGCAAACCUGUGGGAUGCAUUAUCCACGACACAUGUUGCAAAUUUUGUCCUUAAAGUUGGCUAAGAUUGAUGUGGAUGGUGGCCCCAUAGAGUUGUAUGGAUAUAUGGCUGCGCGGGAUGUUCUUGAACCAUUGCUUAAUUAUGUCCUCAAUGUUAGCAGGAAUGAUCCCAUCGUCGUGGAGCAGGGUUCUCUCAUAGAAAUGACUGGCCCUAAGCGAGGGAUUGAGUUGUGUGACACUACUCUGAUUGAAUAUGACAUGAGGAUCAAGAUGGACGGAGAAGAGGAAGAUGAUUUACAGCUGAUUGAUGGUGUAUCACUUGUAGACGAGAGAACCACAGCCAGUGCUUAUGCAUUCACAAAACGCAUCCAUGGCGAUUGUGGAGCAGUUGACAUAACUGUAUCACGUCUUGACUUUGCAGUUGAGGCAACCAUAGAAAUUCGCAUAUCUGAGGUAGGAAGCAAUUUCAACUUGUGUGUGGGCUGUUUUACCAGUGGGUUAUGUGAAGAAAUCCAGCUCUUUAAGGGCGCCAUUAGUGAGCCGCGUGCCUUAAGGAGAUGUGUUGUUGCUGCAGUGAUAGAUACUUGGAUGGAUGUGAAGUUGAAGGUAGGUUCAGGGCCUUCUUACAGCAGUGACAAUACGGAGCAUUGGUGUACCUUCAAAACGACCAAUCAUGGAUGGAGCGGUCAACAGAUAAAGGUUGAGUUUGCCUCCAUAUUGGUGAAGGUGACCUGGUCAACGUUGUCUUUCAUGAGUGGCUUCUAGAAUUUAACCAAGUCUGUUCUUAUUCACACAGGCAAGAUUAUGCCUGCAUGCGCUUCAUCCAUCCCUGGUUGCUGUUAAGCUUGUUCAUUACUCUCGAAACUAUCACGUUUGCUAUUUGUGUUUAGUAGUUAGCAUGUGUUAGUUUAAGGGUUCGUUUGGUAUAGCUCUACUUCAAUGAAAUAGUUUUUUUUGUCUUUAGCUAGUGGAGCAGCUUUACUCGUGGAGCUGCCACUGUUUUUGUGGACCUUGUGCCAAAAGAGCUUCUCCUGGAACUAAAUGGGUAAAAAGAGAAAUGAGUGUUCUUUAA